AUUGGGAAAAUAAUAUUUUUUCGCGCGCCUGUGAAAAAAGUUUUUGUUUAAAAUGAGUUAAGUUGGCAACACUGUGAAGUUUACCAUCCGCGCGGCAAAUGGUGCCGGCGAUUUACAUGAACUAUAUUUUGUGAUAGUGAUUUUGGAUACAUUAUGUUGCUGUUUCUCCUGGCGUUGUCGGCGGUGGGCCAGGUGCGAGGGCACGGCAGGGUCCUGGACCCGCCUUCCAGGGCCACAGCCUGGAGAUAUGGGUUCGAUACGGAGCCCAACUAUGACGACGACGGGCUCAACUGCGGAGGAUUUUAUUAUCAGUGGUCGGUUAACGGUGGAAAAUGCGGGAUUUGCGGCGACGCGUACGACUUAAAAGAGCCCAGACCUCACGAGCUGGGCGGGGUGUACGGCACCGGUGUCAUCGUCAGCCGGCACCUGCCCGGCGCGCUUAUCACCACCACCGUCGAGCUCACCACCUCCCACCAGGGCUACUGGACCUUCAAGCUCUGUCCAGACCCCAACAACAACCACCAGGAGUGCUUCGACAGACAUAUCCUCGAACUUGAAGAAGGAGGGACGCUGUACUACCCCAAAAAGGGUAGUAUAAAGUAUGAAGUCACUUACAGACUCCCUCCAGGAAUAGUCUGCGACCACUGCGUUCUUCAGUGGAGGUACACAGCAGGGAACAACUGGGGCGACUGUAAGAAUGGCACCCAAGGACUUGGUUGCGGCAACCAGGAGCAGUUUGGGGCCUGCUCCGAUAUCUCCAUUGGGGUAUCGAGGAACGAGUUGGAAGACAGCAAAACUCCUCAGGAAUAUGGGGAGAUUCCUUACCCCUUGUUGUAUUACCUGAAACACGGCUACUUCGACUCCCAGCAAGGAAUCCUGCACCUCAUACGUAAGACCCCAGUGAGGAAACAGCCGCAGAAACAGCGGCCCAAUAGCAAGUUCACUCGCAGACGGAACAAGGGAAAGAAGAAAAAGCCAAGGAAGAGAAAAAAGGUUUUACAUUGGAAAUAACAUUUAAUGACCGUUGACAAACAGAAUUGCAUUUAAGAAGCUGGAGUAUCAAAAAC